AUGUCUGAUUCAACGCCCAAAAAGCAGCGACUCACCAUGGCUGCUUCCGAGAGCCCACUACCGGCUUCCGCUGUGCGUCCGGCUGCUGCUUGUCUCCGUUGUAGAAGUAAGAAAGUCAAAUGCGACCAACGAUAUCCUCGGUGUAGUCGCUGUGAAAAGGGGAAUGCUGAAUGUGUCGGGGUGGAUCCCGCUACCGGGAGAGAAGUUCCCCGAUCAUACAUCGUACAUUUGGAGGAGAAAAUCCGGUUUUUGGAAUCGCAAUUACUGAGGGCCCCGGCUGAGAUGGUCCCUAUGAAACAAGAAUUUAGUCCUCCGGUCGAUAUGUCGGGCGACCGAAUAUCCCCACAUUCAGCACAAAGUGAACCUUCUAUAUCGGAACCAAUCCCAUUUGCAAAACUCAUGUCUACUGCACUAAAACUCAAAUCUGAACAGUCCAAGGCAUCAUCUCAAACUCCUCCACAGCCGACACAAAUGGAUCCUUCUCUGUCCUUGAGGCACGAGCAUGUUGCUCCCGCGCUUUUACCUCCUAAAAAGACUGCCGAAGAGUUCUUAAAGAUCUUUUUUUGCACAAUUCCAAUGCACAGCUUCCAAUCCUACAUCGUGAAGAGUUCAUCGUCAAAUACUUUGUUCCUAUUUACGGGAGACUUUGAGUCCACGAAUUUUCACUUGCAUCAAAUUACUCAGCUAUGA